UUGCCAGUUACAGAUGUAUUAUUAAUUAAUCUAUCACGAAAGAGCAAACAAAAUGGAAAGAACAACAGUGAUGAAGACCUUUCAUGGGAACCUGAUUUCUCCCAAGUCUCCUGCUCUGAGAGAUAGAGAUGCUUCUUUCUCUUCUUAUCUGAGGCCCGAUGAGGCAAUUGGUUGCCAACGACAUCUCACCAUCGGCCUUGGUGGAUGUAGAGCUCUUGAUGAUUCUGAGCUCAGUAUAUUCGAUGCCCACAAGUACUUCAACGAAGCGACCAACAAUGACACGCAAAAGGUAGGCAUUAGCAACAACAAUAGAGUAUCUCCACUGGUUCAUUUGAAUGUCGAACACAAUCCAGAGCAGGGUGAUAUUAUUACAGAGCCCAGACGAUACUCCUCUGCUUCAUCUUUUGAUGGCUAUUCUAACAUCAGGAAUUACAGGGCUCGUUCUUUCCAUGCUGCAACUCCAACAGCCUCUUCAGAAGCUAGUUGGAAUAGCCAAACUGGUUUGCUCUCUCACCCUCCAGGAGCUAUUUCAGUCUCUAUGAGGAAUCCUCCUCAUCCCACUGAUCCCAACAGGAAGUUCAGAGAUUCAUUGUGCAAACCAAUAUGGCUUUUUCGAAGAAAAUGUCCUUGCUCCGGUAAGAAAUCCGUAGAAGUGAAGGAAAAUACAUUAGAACACAAAACUCAAGUGCCCCAAACAAUACCGCCGCCACCGCCACGUUUAUCACACAGCCAAAUGACCAGAGAUUCUCUGAACCUCAAAAGGCAUGACCUUGAUGGCUCCAAUCUCGAAACCCCAAUAGACAAGUUUACAAUGAAUAUGGAGAAGGUCACAGCAGCAGCUAAUAAUCCUGAAACCCAAAAGAUUCCAAUUCCCAUCAUACGCAGCAGCAACUGGGUCGACCAAAGACCAUUGGAUCAGGAAAUGAUCGUCGCCAAGUCUCAGAGGUACCAAUCAGCUGGAACUCGAGUUCCUGCAAUUUUGCAGCCUCAAAGAUUUCUUGCCUCCGCCAGACCCUUCACUGAUGGCUUCACUUUCCCUGUAUUGAAACCACAGUCAGAAAUGCCCGCCACAGAACUACAGAACGUGAAUGAGGUCGAUGAAGAUCCACCACGGGAAUCCUUGGAAGUUUUCCGACCCGCAGACAUCGAACUCGACUCUGUUUCACGAAAGGCCGACGACAGAGGCCGCCAGAAUUUCCCAUUCCCCCCAAGCCCCGUCCCCCGAAUCAUCGAUGACGACGUAGCAAGCGACGCAAGCUCCGAUCUAUUCGAAAUAGAGAGCUUCUCCACCCAAACCACAUCGACAUGCCCUAUCAUGUAUCGGCGAAGAGACUCCCCCGACGAUGUUACCAGCUUCGACGUAAAACGAUCAGGCACCAACAACCACCACGGCUACUUGUGCGGCAGGCGAAGCAUGGAUUCAACAACACCCACAAUAACCGAGUGCUACGAGCCGAGCGAGGCCAGCAUCGACUGGAGCGUGACGACAGCAGAAGGUUUCGACAGAGCAAGCGCCGUCAACUUCUCGGCGAGCGCAUCAGAAAUAGCGGACGACGCAAGCAUCGUGCACGGCGGUGGGGAACUUCACACGGCAGAGAAAUGGAAACGGAAAGGGUCAUCGGGAAACGGGAUGUCGCUGCUGAGCUGUCGGAGCGAGAAGGCGGUGAGCGUAGGGCCAAAGCCGAUGAAGGCUGUGAAGGCAGGAGAGGGACAGAAAUGGGCCACCAAGUGUAUAGCGUCGUCGAGGCAUGAGCAUGUGAGUAGUAGGGUCGGCACUGUAAAUAACGCACCGCAUGGAAGCUCUCACACAGCUCGCGUGUCUCUUCCCUACGCAACAUAGCCAUUUGAUAGAUGGGGUCAUAUUGCGAUCUGCUUCUUGUCUGCAGCGAAAUGCAGUGCAUUGUUAUGGCUCUCGCUUGCAGACACAUCCAUUUCAAUAAUUGUGUAACUCUCGUUCCAUUAUUUGCUUCUCAUGAUAAUUCGCUUAUUUCGGUGUUCACUUCAUCGUGUCAAUAAAUUCAGACUACAAUGUUGCGAGUAACUGGAACCUGAGUUUUGACUUCUGUGCUCUCGCGUGAAAUUUGAUACAAGACUACAAGGUUACACUA